GAACGUACUUAGGAGUCUCGAUUGUGCGCUGAGAAGUCUUGAAUUUGUACAAUCAUUAAGCACAGCCAUACCGUCCAUUUCCAGAAUCACGAGUAAAAAAGACGUUUAUACUCAUAAGUAUUCACUUUCAAACAUCACAACCGUCUGAAUGUCCGCCCCUUUGCUAUCAGAAAGCCUACACCGCAGCUCAGAAUCGACUGAUGGUCGCCAAACAGCAUCUGUCCCGAUUCCUGGCCGGAGACAACUGCCUGAGAUCAUCAAUGGACAGCACCGCUUUUCAGUUGGCGGGGUGUUUCCAACCCUAAGUCGCAGAUCUUCGAGCUCGUCUCAUUCCAGCGACGUGGAUAUUCAGCGACUUACUCUCGAUUUCGCUCAAGUCAGUUCUUUCGGAUCAGGAACAUUCCUUGAUACAGGCAUGCCAAGGCACAAUUUCAGCAACCAAUGGCCAGAGACGACUCCGAAGCUCUCAAGAACUUCCAUAACCGAGACACAAAUAUACGGUACAUUCGGCGAAGAGGACCGAGAGUCAGGUGCGCUCAUCGAAGAUGGCGAUGUUGACGAGGAUGAAAGGUUCAUUGGAAUAAGUACCACCCGAUUCUGGCUGCUCUUCGUGGUGAUUGCAUUGAGUUACUUUAUUGCUUGUUUCGACUCAACGCUCAUGGCUUCCAGCCAUCCGGUGAUCACGUCUUUCUUUGGAGCUUCUCAAGCUGCGUCUUGGCUAAGCACUGUCUUCUUGAUCACAAGCACGGCUUGUCAGCCGCUGUUUGGUCGGCUCUCUGACACGAUCGGAAGAAAGCCAGUGUACUUGUUAUCACUUGCUAUCUUCGGCGGAACUACAGCCUGGUGUGCUCUUGCGAACAGCAUUGAGAGCUUUAUUGCAGCAAGAGCAGUCUGCGGCCUUGGAGCUGGAGGAACGAUGUCCCUGAGUUUGAUCAUUAUCAGUGAUCUUGUCCAUAUCGAGCAUCGUGGAGUAUUUCAGUCCCACAUAAAUCUGGCCUUCGGGCUAGGUUCUGCGUCUGGGGCAGCGCUGGGCGGUUGGUUGUGCGAUAGUCUAGGCUGGAGGUCGGCAUUUGGGAUUCAGAUCCCCCUGAUCGCUGUUUGCUUCAUCAUGGCCUUCAUGUUCACACCGUCACACCUGGGGCCCAUGCUGGUGACAACAACUGAAGGCGGUGCCUGGGAAGCCAUGAAGAGUUUCGACUAUCUUGGCUCCGUCUCACUCUCACUGACAGUCACAUCGCUUAUCUUUGCUCUGAAUCUCGGCGGGAAUCUUCUUCCCUGGAGCUCACCUGUGGUAGUGUCCUGUUUUCUCGGAUGUAUCGUCAUGGGGUGUCUCUUUGUUUACGUCGAAACGCGCACUACAUAUCCACUAAUGCCGUUACACUUACUGUGCAAAACACCAGUCGCAAACCUGGUCUUCGCCAAUCUUCUUGGAGGCAUCGCCUCCAACACCGUCUUGUUCAAUUUGCCACUUUUCUUCCAGGCUGUCUUGCUCACGUCUGCAUCCAGUUCAGGCUUUCGGCUUGCGUUGCCCAGUCUGGUGGGCUCAUUCGCGGGGAUCUCCACAGGGUAUAUCAUCACUUAUACCAGACAACUCAAGCCAACGCUAGUUGCUGGUGCAGCUGUAUACCUGCUCGGGUCUGUGGCGACUUGUGCGAUUAGUAAACAUACGUCGCCGACCCUGACCCUUCUUCUUAUCACCGGAGUGCCAUUGGGACAGGGUUUUGUUUUCCCAAACACUAUGAUGAGUGCUCUUGCCGUCUCUGAGCAAGCGCAACAAGCAGUGGUCACCACGACCAUUGGCCUAUGGAGAAAUUUCGGAAUUGUACUGGGUGUGGCUGUCUCGAGCUUGGUUUUCCAGAACAGCUUAAAUGUUCAUCUGAGACGCAUGGUAAAGGACGGGAGAAAUGAGGACCUUAUCGAGAGGGUGCGCUCAUCUGUCGAGUCCAUAAAGCUGCUCCCGCAGCCCUUGAGAGACCGAGUGACGGACGCUUACGCCGCCUCCCUCAAAACAUCAUUUUUGUGUGCGGUAGCGGCUUCCGUAGUGAUGAUCGUCCUACUUAUCCCCGUCCAGUUGCCGCGCUUAAGGAGAGGCCGUCAGGCGAUAGGUAGCACUGCAGAGUGACGAAAUCGGCGUAUCGGCUGACCUGACAGAUGAGAUAUGAGAUCUCGGUACUGCCGUACGGAAGAAGAUCAAUCAAAUCUCAGUCAUUGCCAUUGAAAGCCGUUGGAUCCACCGAUGGAAGUCCAGUCUGCGGAGAAGUCUGCAUCAUUCAAGUGCUCGGUGAGGGUAUGAGGGAAGAAAUCGUACGAAAAACCCGACCACGAUGUUUCGGGAGAAGUAAAUGUGUUGAAGAGCCCAACACUUGACUCGUCGUUACUUUUAGGCCCUUCCCCGGCGGCAUCUUCAGGCAUAACGUCGGUAGAUUUUGUCAAAUUCUUUGUCAUCAAGCCCAAAGCGGAUGCAGCAAAUCUUGCAGGCCAAAAGCUCACACCAUGGGCGGCAAGCAACUUACGAUAGUACGCUAGCCUCUCAUCCCAAUAUCUGGCACGUAUUGUGUCGGCUGAGAGUCUCUUGAGGCUUGCCAUGCAGGUACCAAUGAGUGUAAAGUUGAAACCAGAAUCUAGAAUGGCCAAUUAGCUGUU